GCGUAGCCAAAUCUCCAAAACAAAGACCAGGUGUGCCUGAAACAGAACAACCUUAAACAAACCCAACAAUAACAAUGGGAGCACGAAAGAGACUCUCUUCUUCUUCUGAACCUUCUUCUUCUGUGGUGAAGGAAGACACACAGAACAAACCCCAAGAAAAACUGAACCUUGCAGACCCUCCAAUUGCGCCUCCCAAAUGGGGUCUUCUUCUCAAGCUCUCGCUCCUGCUGCUUCCUUACUUGUACCUUCUCUUUUACUACUACCCCAUCGAAUCGGAACUCCGAAGAUCGAUCCUCAUCAAUGCGGGAAUGAGCCUUGCGGGGUUGUUCGUCACGGUCAAGAUGAUCCCCGUCGCGUCCAGAUACGUUCAGAAGCGAAAUCUAUUUGGCUAUGAUAUCAACAAGAAGGGAACCCCUCAAGGAAAUGUCAAAGUGCCUGAGUCGUAGGCAAUAAGUUGUUGGUAUUGUUCUUCUUGGUGGUGGCAAUCUUGUUUCAGUAUUUUAACUUCACAGCAGAUUCAAAUGUAAGUAUAUUAUGUGAAUU